CCGCUGCUCGCAACUUCACAGUCGGCCACGUAGCUUGCUCGCUAACGGUAGCGACGUUAGCUCUCCAACCCGAGAAAAAUACUCAAGGAAGGAUAAUACAGAAGCCAACCUGCUUAAAACGGUCCUAUAUUUGGUGCUGUUAAGGUAUGUUGCAUUUGCUAAGCUAAGUAACAGUUAAAAGCUAAUAACUGCAUCGCGAGCGCGAGCCCCUGCACCCAGCCACAACUUACUAACGAGCAAGUUACCGCAUCAUGGAUACAGAUGAGACAGACUCUGACUCUGUCCAAGAGAUGGAGACACAACAAAACCCCCCUGCUGAGCUGGAAGAGGAAACUGCAGAGGAUGCAACGGAACUGAAGUACUGCAGUAUUGUGCUGGAGCGUCUGCAGGCUGAAGACAAGGCUGCAAAAAAGGAACUUGAGGAGAAAGAAGACAUGAAUCGCAAAGGAGGGAAACUUGUUUCCAGAAUCCCAACUUUUCAUAAACGGCCAACGAACGUAAGAGACCAGGAGCUGUCCGGUCCCAAAAAAGAUCCCCCUGUCCAUGUAGUUGAGCCUGCGGAGAAAGCUGGGAGUGUGGAGGCUUCGAAAUUCAGGCCACCCGAUGGCAGAGAAACGGCACUCCCCCUGCCGUCUGUCCGUGUCCCCAAAAUCGGCCUUGACGUCCCGUCUUCAUUGAGCAGCACAGAACAAGCCGCAGUCCAUGUCCCCCAAACAAUCAGUGCACCAAAGAGCUGGAGGAUGUCUGAGUCUGCACAGUUCACUUUGAUGACUGCGAGCCCCAGGCCGGCCCUCAGACCAGAGCUAGGCUCACAGCAACAUGAGCCAGAACUGGACAAGAGCAAGACGUUUGAAAUUGAAGCCAUGCAGGAGGCCCCCAUAUCACACCUUCCAUAUGAGGGCCCCAACAGCCAAAAACCACUGGGAGAAACAGAAGAGAAGUGUGACAUCGAGGUUGAAAGCAGGAUUACCCUCGCUGCCUCUGGAGAUACCGAAAAGUCAGAGAGUGCAGACGUCCUUAACACAGCCAAGGUCAGCCAAGAGGAGGCUAUUAUGGACGAACAGCCGCCGUGGGAGACGGGGCCGACCAACAUACUUGAAUUUAAGGACAGUAGAUCUUCGUCGGAAUGUGAGGAGGAUUUGAAAGAUGAAAAGUCCAAGGGCCAUGAUUCAGUGGAGGUGACGGAGCAUCACGAACCACUUAAGAGCCAGUCAGAGUUUUCAAACACAGAAGAGGAGAGAGCCGAUGUGGAUGAAUCAACCUCGCCUGUCACACCAGAGAAGCCUGCUAAAGCUCAGCCAGCCAAGUCCACCGAGAGGUCAGGAUGCUGCAGUUUUGCCCUCUUCUGCCUCCUGCCCACCACCUUGCUCCUCCUGGGGGGGUUCGGCCAGCAUGUGUGGCACUACGGGCUCCCCCUGUCUGUGGCUCAGCUCACAGCUCAGCUGGAGCUGCAUUUCCUUGAGGGAUUCAGCCUGGUGCAGGAGCCUUGCAGCACUGAUUGUCGAGCGCACCUGGUGGAGAGCAUCCCUGUGGGUCUCUACCAGUUCUCUCCCUUAUCCAGAGGGAGCAUCGCCGACAGCUGGUUACAUCUGCUGGACAAAGCCAACAGCUCGGUGAAUAUCGCUGCUUUCUACUUCACUCUGCGAGACAGUGAAUCUGCGCACUCCUCUGAUUCACAGGGAAGAAUGGUCUUUGAGCAACUUAAAAAACUUGAAUCCAAAGGGGUGAAACUCCAAAUCGCUGUUAACGGCCCCCAGACCUCGACUCAAGAUACAGCAGAACUGGCUGCAACAGGUGCAGAGAUCAGAGAGGUGGACCUGACAGAUGUAACUGGAGGCAUCGUGCACACUAAGCUGUGGGUGGUGGAUCAAAAGCACUUGUACCUGGGUAGCGCUAACAUGGACUGGCGCUCUCUAAGUCAGGUGAAGGAGGUCGGCCUGUCGGUGGAGGACUGCAGCUGCCUGGCUCAGGAUGCCUAUCGGAUCUUUGGGGUAUACUGGAGCAUCGGCGGUGCAAACAACGGCUCUCUCCCUCCGUACUGGCCUGCUCGUCUCUCUGCACAAUACAGCUCCCAGAAUCCCUUGCAUCUGAAGUUCAAUGGAGUGCCUGCUCAAGUCUACCUGUCUAGCUCCCCUCCGCAGAUCACAGGCCGCGGCCGCUCCGACGACCUCAUCACCAUCCUGUCUGUCAUCAACGACGCCCAGAAAUUCAUUUACGUCUCUGUCAUGGACUAUCUUCCUCAGUCUCAGUUCACUGAUCCACUCAGGUACUGGCCAGCCAUCGACUCUGCCCUGCGCGCUGCAGCCUGCACCAGGCGUGUUCAGGUCCACCUGCUGAUCAGCUGCUGGGAGCACUCGUACGCCCCAAUGUUCAUCUAUCUGCAGUCUCUGCAGGUGCUCAGCAGGCCACAACUGAAGUGUGACAUCGACGUGAAAAUCUUUACAGUGCCAUCAACAGCAGAGCAGAUGAAGAUCCCCUACGCCCGAGUCAACCAUGCCAAGUACAUGGUUACUGACAGAGUACUCUACAUAGGAACAUCCAACUGGUCAGAGAACUACUUCACACAGACAGCUGGAGUGGGUUUGGUGGUGAACCAGACCGGCUCUGAGCUUCCUGAAGGCAAAGAGACUCUGCAGAGCCAAGCAGAGGAGCUCUUCCUCAGAGACUGGACAUCCGAGUACGCCAGCAGUCUCUCUGUGGACGAUGUGGACGCCUGCCCUCGCCGCUCACGCUGAGGGUCUAUUGUUCAAUAAAGCACAUUGCAUCUUAGAUGAGCAUCUCGCUUGCUGCUGCCACUUGAACUUUACCUGACUUAUGCAGAAUCCGCUUGCUGUACCGAGUGAAUGAAUACUCUCUAUUUUAUUGCUGUUUCCUGACUGGCUGCCUGUUUUCUUUGUAUAUAUUUGCGUUUUUAUAUUUGUUUUAAAACGUGUUAUUUUUAUAUUCUGUGUUGUUCUGACGAUUUUCUUACGUGAGUUGAGGCGCAGGGGGAAUUCGCUUUGUACAAUUAAUUUCAUGCCUGGAGCAUUGUGUAUAUUUUCCCUGAAGAAGUCAGCGCCAAGCUUCAACAAUCUCAUGCAGGAAAUAAAACACUCCAAAGAGGUGUUUACACCGUGUUUACACUGCUGAGGCUAUCAGCUCUUGAUGUUUGUGUGUACUGAAGUCAUACGUGUCAGUCCAACACUACAGGAGUCUUGUAAAUACUUUCAAUUUUCCAUUCAUAGCUCACGGCUGGCUCACAGACAUCCAGUCUGAAUGUGUCCCACUACUCCUUUGUCUGCCAUCUCUGUUUUACUGUAUUGUUAAUAAUUGAAUAUGUCUGUGCCCUUCAUCCCUUCAUUUCCAUGGUUUAUCUAUUGAAUGCACCCGUUUCUGUUCUCAGAAGAGUUUACUGGGUGUGUUAAUGUAAAUAAAAUCUUCAGCUUC